CCAAUACGUGGCUCUGCACUUGUCCUCUCGGUGUUGAAGGAGGUGGCAAUCAGUCCAAUCUACCAACGCAGUUAUGGCAGGAAAGAAGAAGCAAAAGGAAGAAUCAAAGGAAGAAUCGGAAGAAACAUCAUGGAGAGUCUCGCAAUUGUUGGAAAGGUUGGAAACCGACCUGAAAGAUAAAAUGACCGAGGGAGCUUUUAGGCUCUUCUACACGUCGAUCGUUAAUUUGGGUGCUGACGAUGAUGCAAGAGUAUCGAUCAGUCAGUGGAACUCCCUGUACCGGAGUGCGGAACGUGUGGCACGGUUGAUUUCAGACCGCGAUACGAAUGCAGAAAUGGCCGACGAACAGAAAACCACCAAUCCCCAAGUUUUCCAUCCACCGCACGAUCUGGAACCCAAAGCUUGGGUCGACUAUAAGGGCCGCAUCUUCCGUAGUUACGGGGCCGAAAAAGACCUGGCUGAGGUCGUCCUACAUAUUGCAAAGUUGCAAGGCUUCGAACAGGCUACAAACAACACCAAGACGGAUAGGAUUCUCGCGAAAUGCCCAGAUCGCCUUCGCUGCUUCUUCCUCAUCGAAGGAUUCUACAGGACAGGCGAACAUCUCGUCGGCUUUUUGCUGCCGCCCCUCGACCAUCUCAGAACUCUGGACUUCGAUACCGCUAUCGCAAAAGCGGAAGUCUUCAUUGCACCAUGCGCAGACCUUGAGCUCACAUUAGCCAAAUUCGCCGGCCGGGGCUGGCAGCCUGUUCCGAAUGUAGACGAUAUCAUGGAGAACGCCACCGACGAGGAGGAGGAUGACUCAGACGCUACCGAGGAGGAGGGGGAGUACGACGCAGAUGUCGAAUCAGAGGGCGAUCCGGUUUCGAUCGAAGAAAUCACCAUUGGAGUCUCGGCGAACAUUUUUCGAGUACUCAAUGGUAAGCAUCAGAAGUACUUUGAAAGUAGAGAAGGGGCAGGGGGUCUCCCCCUUUAUACUCUAGUACAACUGCAUCCAGAUGACUCACUGUACUCAGGCAGCGAAGCGUCCACCCCGAAAACGAACUACAGAGCCAGACCAACGGGUCCGGCUCCGGAUCCUGAUGCGAUACGCCGGUCAAAGCUCAAGCCCGGCCAGAUCGGUCGAAUCCAGCGCGAGAUCAAUUCGUGCUCGAACUCGCGUUUGGAAGUCGGGCCUGAGCAAUCUAUAGAAGAACAAUUCCUGGCGCGUAGGUUUUUCCUCACGGCAAAAAAAUGGGUUAAAAAUGAGCAUCGGAGAAACAAGGACCGGGGAUGCGAGAGGAGGUGGCUUUGAUUCCAGCAUAGGCAGAGAUUACAUCAGGAGGCUGUGUUGGGAGAUCUUGUCAUGAGAGUUUUCGGGGAGUGGAAUGGUGUUUGGCAUCUCUGGGUUUUGGAGAGUUGAGCGCGGUUAUUACUAUGCGACCUAGACCAGAGUGUGGUAUCAAUAUCGGAGGCUGGUGUAAGCCGUUCAGAGGAAUGUAUUUUCAAGGCACCUCACGGGCUUUAGUUCUAGAGAUCGGUAGAGACACUUCAGAGGAAUGCAGUUUCAAGGCACCUCGUGAGGUGUGGUAUUACUUGUAACAUGUUUUCCUAGUCGCCGC